AUGAGCUCUCGAGGAAACGCUGCGAAGCAGCUGAUUUUUGUGAACGGACGCAUGGUGGAGUAUCGAAAAAUCAUGAACGCUUUGAUCCAGGUUUGGAGGGACUAUGAGCCGCGCACCCUCCCGGUCAUGGUGAUUAAUUUUAUUCUGCCUGGAGAGUACUUCGAUAUCAAUCUCAGCACGGACAAACGGCAGAUUUUGUUCGUUCGAGUCGUGAUUGGAAACGGAUGUAAGUGUAGGAAGACGUUCUAA